AUGAAGCCGUUCGACCACGCAGUUUCUUAUUUUUGUGGCAAAUGUUUGCCAUUGGCGACGUUGGUGGAACGAGAAGCGAGCGGUUCGUUGGUGCCGGUGAUACUCACUCGUUUGGUUCAGGAGAUCGAACGUCGCGGCGUUGAUUCGGCAGGCAUCUAUAUCCUGUGCGGUUCGGUCGAGAAGAAGCUGGCGUUGAUCAGCGAAGUGGAACGUGACCCAUCUGCGGUAGAUUUUAAUCCCGACGCAGUGCCGGACAUGAACGUACUGACCAGCUUGGUCAAAGAUUGGCUAUGUGCGUUGCCGGAACCUCUCAUUUCGCCGUGCACCUACCAGAUGCUGAUCGAUGCGUCCAAGGUAUGCUUGCCAAACGACCGUGAAGGCAACGCUCGACUGAUCUUCGGCGUACUCGACUGUCUGACCAACGUAAACAAGGUACGACAAUGGUUUUGUUCUUUUCUAUCCUUUCCUUUUCUCUCCCUCGAUCUGGACUCACCCAUUGAUUGUACCCUCUAUUUGUCACUUACAAAACCGAGCGAAAGCACGGCGGACUGGGGGGGGGUCGCAUCGCUUUAGCA